AUGGUCAAAGGAUCUUCGGCACGCGAUCAGACUGAUAUACCGUCCGCUAAUUCUACCUUGAAUCAUUUUUUGGGAAAUCUGCAGAAACCAUGGAUGACGGGAAGGUCUACUCCUGGAAUUCAACACACGCCGCCCACUCCACGCCCAACACGCUUCAUCCACCAACCUCAUCCCACUUAUCCUCCGCAGCGUGCGACAACGGCACGAAUACCUCCAGAUACUGCUACGGUGUCUCCUUUGCCGCCCUGUAGCAUAAUUCAAGAGCAUACUUCCCAUGGUCAAGAGAAACACAUGCUGCCCUCACCAGCCCCAAGUGAUGAGGACCAGCUGGGAUUUUCAGCUGAAGAUAUUUCAAUUCAUCCCACAACAUUGGCCUCGAAACGGGCAAUGGCGCCACCCAGACCAAACUCGCUACACCUAGACAAAUCACUCAUUGGCGAGCUAAUGGAUUACCAUCAGGUAGUAUCAAAGAUUUCUGAGAUCAUGACGGAGGAACAAGCACUGGGCGAAUCUUUCAAUCUGCUCGAGUGCUCGCGUUUACAAUGUCUGCUAUCGGCAUGUCGAGAGGCAGACUACCUCUAUCUCUUCCUCCAUCAGACUCUAUAUAUGUGGAGUUUGAACAUAGACUUGCCAGACCAGUCUCGAUAUUCGAAACCUAUGGAGUCCGGCCUACAUCGCUUCAUGACUCUGAUUGGUCUCACAACUCGUCAGGAGGCUGCGACUGCAAGGAAUGCUCAACUUUACGCCGGCUUUCCCUUCAAAUUAAUCACAUUACGGCAUCAUAACGCGGAACUGUUCCAAACAUAUAAAACGGAGGCGAUACUUUUACUUGAGACUCUUGGUCAGAUGCUACCUCGUUUUGCUCAAUCCUUCGAGGAAAUGGAGACCAUACCAUUGGUAUCAGAUAUAGCUAAUUCGCUGAAUGUUGGUUCACCUACGCUGCAAAGGAUCAUCUUCCUGUCGAUCAUACGAAGGCAAUGGUUUGUACAGCCACAGACUAGUCAAAUACUAUACAGCGAGCUACUGGAGUUGUUUCAGGACAAUCAGCAAAAUAGGCGUUCGGAAGACUCUGUCAGAGAGCAAGCUCAACGCAUUCUUGCCGACCAUGUAAAGUUAAACCGCCCACGCCCAAUUCUUACACACGCUCAAGCACAAGCUGUACCAGAAAUUGAAGCACACGGUCGGACGGCUGGGGGUCAGCGCGUAUCGUAUGGAGCUAAUCCACAGGCUCUAGAUCAGACACAAUUGCAGGACCAAUACCAGUGCCAAUUGCGUCAAUACCAGGCCCAGCUGCAGGCGCAGUUUCAAAGCGGCUCUCGACACAUCGGAGGUCCGACUGCUUACCAGAACUCUUCCAGAUUAAAUCCUGCUAUUCCUCAGCGUUUAGCUCCUGUUUCAAGACAAUCGCCUCAGGGUCCGAUCACCCAGUACUAUCAUCAACCUUCCAGCUACAGUGGCCCAAUGGUCCUCACAGCUGUCGAGGCCCAUCCCGAGGUUGCAAACCUGAACCAGGCCCUCGUUCCUUCCACUUCAACAUUGCAGACGACCCAACAACUAAAUUUGAAUCAUGUUCGUAAUGCAACCUUGGCUAUUCCAAGCGCUUCUCAAAAGUCCAUUGGUAUCAUCCCACCUCCUGAUGCACGCGUUCCUUACCCGCGCAGUCCAGACGCUGAUGGCAUGGCCUAUCAUGAAAUGCAUCUGCGUAGCCCGAUAAUAAAACCAAAAAAGUCUACAUGGGAUCAUAUAGAACCGAUGUUUCGACAAGUCACUGGUUUCAUAAUGUCACCCGUUCAUAUCACAAGCUCUAGUAUUCAACGCUUCUCAUUUUCAAUUCCAGACGAUCUCAUGUUGCCGGAAGAUGAAGACACCAGCGAGAUGUUACCGCGUGUUCGGGUAGUCAUGAAGAAUACCAAAUUUCUCAGGCUCAGAUGUGUCAAAUGGCUAAAAGAAGACUCACCGUCCACGUCCUCAUCCGAAUGGUUGAGUACUGCCACACAAUGGCCAGGGCUCGGGACUUGGAAAUUGAACGGUCGCUACCUCGAACCCCGUAGGAAGUUUCAGAAUGGUAGAGAUCUUCCCAUCGAUAUUACAUCUCUCGUGUGCAAGGGAGUCAACGAACUACAAUUGAGCUUAAUAAGGACUGCCUGCACAACUCCCGACUUUGCCAUAGCAAUUGAGAUUGUGUCUAUUGUCUCGUUGCAAGACAUUCAUACUCACUGUAAUACUGCCGGAUUCAUUGCACCGGAGGCAUCUCUCAAUGGCAUAAAGCGAAAGCUCACGCAUAGCAACGAUGACGAGCUCGCAAUAAUCGAUGCAACUGCAACAAUCAGCUUAAGGGAUCCGUGGAAGCGCGGUCAGAUGUGGGACAUCCCAGUCCGAGGCUGGAGUUGCUUACAUACAGACUGUUUUGACCUGAAUACUCUACUAUCGAUCCCCGGUAAACGCAUAUCGGAACACAACACCGGCACUGUCGAUGACUGGAAAUGUCCAUCCUGCGGCGGUGAUGUCCGACCUAGUAGUCUGGUACAGGACGGUUUUCUCCUAGAAGUCAGGAAGCAAUUGGAGCAACAAGGGUUACUCCACACAGAGGCGAUUGUGGUGGACGCAAGCGGUUCAUGGAUACCAAAGCCAGAGAAAAUCGUCGAUAAUGAAAAGUCAUGGGUGGGCAAGGAUAAACCUAUGACAAAGUCUCCCCUGCCAGCACUGGUUUCUGCGGUCUCAGCAGUUCCACCACCGCAGCCCGUCAUAAUCGAUCUGCUCGACGACUGA